AUGCCUUUAGUCGUCCAAGAACAAGGUUCGUUCCAACACAUCUUGCGUUUGUUGAACACCAACAUCGAUGGGAGAAUCAAGAUCAUGUACGCCUUGACCAAGAUCAGAGGUGUCGGCAGAAGAUACGCCAACUUGGUGUGCAAGAAGGCCGACGUCGACCUUGCCAAGAGAGCCGGUGAAUUGACCCAAGAAGAAUUGGAAAGAAUCGUCACCAUCAUGCAAAACCCCACCAACUACAAGAUCCCCGCCUGGUUCUUGAACAGACAAAAGGACCAAACCGACGGCAAGGACUACCACGUCCUCGCCAACAACUUGGAAUCGAAGUUGAGAGACGACAUCGAAAGACUCAAGAAGAUCAGAGCCCACAGAGGUAUCAGACACUUCUGGGGUCUCAAGGUCAGAGGUCAACACACCAAGACCACCUCGAGAGGUCUUUAA